AUGGCAGCUUAUGCAGCUCUUGCUUCUCUCUUGAACAACAUUGAGCAGAUGAUGAGGCAUCCUACCCUUUCCACUUCUUUCGACAACAUUCAGAUCCAAUUUCUUGAGGAGAAGGCUGCUUUGUUGCUUGAUUUCAUUGAGACCUAUAACUAUGUUGGUGGAGUUAGCGAAGAAGUACAAGAUCUCGAAAGCCUAAUCGCAUCUGCAGCUCAUACAGCUGAAGAUAUGAUUGAAUCUCACAUCGUCAAUCAACUCCUUCCUCUUUCAGCUCAUGAUCGCGAAGCAGCUUUCAGUUUUUCUUUGUAUCUACAGAAAAAAAGGGCAAUUGAAGAGAAAAAUGAAGCUGCAGUUGGAGAUGUUGAUCAAUUUCAUGGUGAAUCUAACCUCAGCAACUUUGACUAUCUGCGGCAGAUAAUUGAAGACAUGGAUGCUAUCAUCCACAAGGCCAGUGAGUUGAAGGAGAAACAGAGAUUCAGAGAGGAGCAUUCAACGCCUCCUCUUACUCUUAGUCUUACUCGGACCAGAGAAGAAACUGCUGUGGUGGGAUUUGGUGAUGAGUUGAUUCAACUUCUUGACGAGCUCACCGGUGAUCGAUCCAAUCUGCAUAUCAUCUCAAUCGUGGGUAUGGGCGGCAUGGGUAAGACUACUCUUGCCAAAAAUAUUUAUGCUCAUCAACUCAUCAUUGAACGCUUUGAUAUUCGUGCUUGGGCUACCGUAUCCCAUCAAUACAAUGCUGAACAAAUUCUUCAACAACUUGUUUUUGGCCAAGGAAAAUCCUCUGAUAAAAAUGUAGAUGAAUUAGGGGAACAAUUGCAUAAAACUUUAUUUGGUAGAAGAUAUUUGAUCAUAUUAGAUGACAUAUGGAGUGUUGAAGCUUGGGAUGAAGUGAGGCGUUUCUUUCCCGACAAUGGAAAUGGAAGCCGCAUUGUUCUAACUACUAGGUUGUCAGAGGUGGCUAACAAUUGUGGCUCUUCGUGCUUUGCGAAGAAUUUUCUAGAUGAGAAUAAAAGUUGGGAAUUAUUCUGUAAGAAGGCAUUCCAAAAUGAAGAUUGCCCUACUGAACUUGAAGAAGUUGGAAAGGAGAUUGUUAGAUUAUGCAAAGGACUAGCAUUGUCUAUUGUUGUGAUUGGUGGGAGUCUUCGAAAGUCUCCUAGGACUGUACGAUAUUGGAAGAGUGUUGCCAAAGAUAUAGAAUCAAGUCCCAACUCAAAAGAGAAGCAAGAAAGCUUAGAUGUAUUGAUUUCAAGUUAUAACCACUUGCCUUCUCAUCUAAAGCCUUGCUUUCUUCAUAUUGGAGUUCUUAAGCAUAUAACGGAUGAGAGCCUCAAUAUCUCGAGAAUCAUCCAACUUUGGGUUGGUGAGGGAUUUUUGAAAUCAAAUGGAGGGCGAGUUUUGGAAGAGAUUGCAGAGGAUUACUUGAAAGAACUUGUUGAUAGAAAUCUGAUAUUGGUGGGCAGACGAAGUAAAAAUGGGAAGAUGAAAAGUUGUGAUAUUCAUGAUCUUUUAAGAGAUCUAUGCUUAAAAGUAGGUGAGCAACAAGGGCUUUUUAAUGUGAUCAGUGGAGGCCCUAUACAAGGCACAGAACGCCGCCUGGUAUGUAAUAAGGCUCAUUGGUGGUCGGACAAUGAUAGACCCUUACUUACACGCUCUAUGGUGGGAUAUGUGGGGUUUUACAUGGACACUUAUAAACAUAGAUUGCUGAGAAUUUUUGAUGCAGAAUAUUACGAAGAAGUCAAAGAAUUAUUUGGGGGUGUUAACUUGCGCUGCCUUGCAGGCGUUCGUGCCAUGGGCUGCGACGUGUUUGAGCUACCUAGUUCAAUAUCCUUGGUAUGGAAUUUGCAUUCUUUAAUCUUUCAGAAAGCUUCGUGGUCGCGUUCUCGAGUUGUUGCACCAAUUGAAAUUUGGAAGAUGCGACAGCUGAGGCAUAUCCAGUGUGCUAAUGGAAUUUAUCUUCCUCAUCCCAACGGACAAUUGCAAGAUGAGUUUUUAAUCUUGGAAAAUUUUCAGACUCUUGGGAAAGCAGUGAAUUUGAGGUUGAGUGAGGAUGUGUGCAACAUCAUUCCCAACAUCAAGAUAUUGCAUCUUGAAUAUGAUCGUGACUUGGAAGGAUACGAUGAUAGUUUGAUGGAGUGUUUGUGUAAUCUUGAUCGCUUGCAUAAACUUGAAUCACUCAAAUUGGAAGUCGGAUUUAGGUGGAGGCGGAUGUAUUCUAAGCUGAAUGAGAUAGUCUCAUUUCCGAGAUCGCUAAACAAGUUGAGGUUGAGUAGGAUCGAUUUUGAAUGGGAUGAUCUGACAAUGAUUGGUUCGCUGCCCAUACUGGAAGUUCUCCGGAUAGAAUUUAACUGGAAUGGCAGCACGUGGAGUCCUGUUGAUGGGCAAUUUCAACGCCUCAAGUUCUUGAAAAUUGAUUGGGGUAAUCUGACAUGUUGGAAUGCAGAUAGUUGUCAUUUCCCAAUUCUGGAGAAGCUUCUUCUUUGUCGUCUAUUAGAGUUGGAAGAGAUCCCAUGGGGUAUUGGUGAGAUACCAACACUCAAACUUAUUCAUCUGGAUCGAUGUAGUAACUCUGUUGCGAUUUCAGCUAUCAAAAUAAAAGAUGAGCAGCUCCAAUAUCAGGAAAAUGAUGAUGACCUUCAAAUCCAAAUUCGUGUCGACGAAUAUAAACUGGAGAGCUUCAUGGCAAUGGUGGAAACAGAGGGCUUGACACUCGAUCAUAACUCUUUGGCUCCAGUUCAUCCAGCAAAGACACAAUUAUUAGAGUCAGAUACUGUCUCGAAUCUGACUUCAACGCUAUCCUCCUCCUCCGUGACUGCUACUCCUUACAAGCACAUUUCCAUUGAAACGCCCUACACCGACAAAUCUGAGAUGGAUUCUCUCAAAAUGGGAGGAUCAGUUGAGGCAGAGGUACUGAUAAAACAUUUAAGAGAAGCUAAGGUUCAAGUCUCGAAAUCAAAAGAUGUCGGCCCUUCAAAGAAUGUCGUGGAGGCUCUCAUAAACAUCAUCAUCGAAGAGUUUCGUGGUAGUGUUUAUGAAGAGGAUGAAUGGCUUGAUAAACUCCUGUCGAGUUUGGUUCCUCAGUUCGAGUUCAAAUGGAUCCUUCACUAG